AUGAUCUUCCGGACUGUGCACAAAAUAGGACUGUGCGAUUCUGAAAGAGAGGGUGUUGACUACGGGGUGCCACAAGGAUCAGUCCUGGGGCCCCUAUUAUUCUCACUCUUUUGCGAUGAUCUUCCGGACUGUGCACGGCACGAUGAUGAAGAAUUAGAAAUGUACGCCGAUGAUACGACCUUGACUAGUAUAGGCGAAACAGUUGACCAAGUGAUCUUCAAACUAAAUGAGACAUUAGGCCUGGUGAGUGAAUGGUGUUACAAAAACGGAAUGACGGUCCAUCCAGCCAAAACAGAAGCCAUGCUCAUUAAAUGCGGAACUUUCGUAGGUCCUCUACCACCAGUACAGUUAGAUGGUAGUUUAGUGAAGUGGGUAAAGAAGUCAAAAUCUCUAGGAGUGACUUUGGACAAUAAGCUGAAAUGGAAUGGACACAGAGAAAAUGUCAAACUUGCAUUCGUCAGGAAAUUAAAUUUGUUAAAAUCAAUGGGUUUCCUUCCAAAACAUAUGCUGGAAGAUUUUUACUGGAAAGAAAUCUUUCCAUCCAUAACAUACUGCAUUCUUGUUUGGGGAAACUGUGGUAAAACACAUUUCAAAGCCUUGGAAAGGUUGCACACAAGAGCAGCACGUAUAAUCUACAGGUUGAAUUGGGACAUACCAUGCCAAUAA